UUGACCACUUUAUCCUGUAAAAGCCAAGGGUCUGGUAUUCUGAUUUAACAGCACAAUUUCAAUAGAAAACUGAAAACUGCUCUGCUGCAAGUUGGGCCAAUCCCUCUUUCCCUAUUGAUUUGCUUCUCUCUCUCUCUCUCUCUCUCUCUCUCUCUCUCUCUAUAUAUAAAAGGUUGAUCAGAUUUUUUCAGUUUUUCAUCAUCUCUGUGAAUAGUUGUGCCAUUUUUCAUCUCACUCUUGCUGCUUACCCGUUUCUGUUUGAGGAUGCAUAAUCAGGCUGCCUUAUCCCUUAAAUCCAAUUAUGCCCUUUUUUCUCCAUACCCAAACACCUUUCAAAACCCUAUACUAUCUCCGUCUUCUCUAGCGAAACGGAAUUUCUGCUACUAUUCGAUUUUGAAAUGUAGGGGAACUGAAAUUCAUGUAUCCAAGCAGCACCUGAAUUCUCUGAGCUUCGGCAAUGGCUCAGUGGAAGACGAGAGGGUUAAAUCUGCCGGAGUGAAGGAUAUCGACGUGGCAACCCUUGGAAAUCUGUGUGUUGAUAUUGUGCUCAGCGUCCAGCACUUGCCUCCGAAGCCCUUGGAUCAACGUAAAUCUUAUAUGGACGAAUUAUCCAAGUCGCCUCCUGAUAAGAAAUACUGGGAGGCUGGUGGCAAUUGCAAUAUGGCCAUAGCUGCAGCUAGAUUAGGACUUCAUGUCGCUACAGUUGGUCAUGUUGGUGAUGAAAUCUAUGGCCGUUUCCUCUUAGACGUACUUCGUAAUGAAGGAAUCAAGACUGUUGAAAUGAAUGAACGGAAUGAUAAAAUCGACACAUCCAGCACAGCGUAUGAAACACUUCUGUGCUGGGUUUUAGUGGACCCUUUGCAAAGGCAUGGUUUCUGCAGUCGUGCAGAUUUCAGCGACGAGCCUGCAUUUAGCUGGAUGAGCACACUAUCCAACGAAGCAAAGAUGGCUAUAAGAAGGUCAAAGAUCAUUUUCUGCAACGGUUAUGGAUUUGAUGAACUUUCACCUCAUUUGCUCGUGUCCGCUUUGGAUUAUGCCGUGGAAGUUGGGACAUCGGUCUUUUUUGACCCUGGACCAAGAGGGAAGUCUCUGAGUACUGGAACGCCUGAAGAACGCAAGGCCCUUGACAAGUACUUGAGGAUGAGUGAUGUUCUUCUAUUAACUUCUGAAGAGGCCGAAUCAUUGACUGGCACAGUGGACCCGAUAGUAGCGGGACAACAGUUGCUCAGGGAAGGAAUUCGCACAAAGUGGGUGAUUAUAAAAAUGGGUGCAAAAGGUUCCAUUCUGAUCACCCAUUCUAGUAUAUCUUGUGCCCCUGCAUUCAAGGUGAAUUUGAUAGACACAGUUGGGUGUGGGGAUAGUUUUGUGGCAGCUAUAGUGUUCGGUUAUAUACAUAAAAUGCCGUUGGUGUAUACAUUAACCAUAGCAAAUGGAGUGGGGGCCGCAACUGCUAUGGGCUGUGGUGCUGGUAGAAACGUAGCUACUCUGAAGCAGGUGUUGGAACUUUUGAGAGGAUCAAAUAUCAACGAAGACGACAGUUAUUGGGUGGAGUUGCUAAAGUCACAUUCGGGUGCACAGGAAAUCACGCUACUCGCGAAACUAGCCGUAAACGGAAACCAUAAUUGGCUGCGGCGGGCCCCAAUGCAGAACGUCGUUUCUGAACUACUACCCAGGCUUGAAUGUGCACAGACGAACCAGGUGGGAGCUUGUUGAUUGAAGAGCAGGGUCGUUUUAGCAGUUUUUUUUUGUGGUUAUGAAGAAAAGUAGAAAGAAAGGCCGAUUUUUGUUUUGAUCUUUUUAUUGGUGAUCUAUGCCGUCUGCCGUGCACUAGUUAUGAUGAAGAAAUCUUAAUUUUCUUUUUUCCAUAUAAAACAGCAUGCCUGUAGUUCAACUUUUUAUUUUAGUAAACAUCAAGUUCUUUCUCUGUGUGCCGGUUUAGUCUUUACCAUCGAGUUCUCGAAUGUUGACCGAAGAAGAUGAUCUUAAAUUCUAUACAAAAAUGUAAAUGCUUACAUCAGUUUCCAGUCUGUUCAAA